GUUGCAGGAAGGGGUGGAACUUCCGUAUUCAGCUGCAUUGUGGGAGCGGGAAAACGUCGCAAAUACUCACGUUGUUCAGCACUGGUUCUUCUCACAGACGCCAAGGUUUUCUUUCCACGCGGUUGUAUCAAAGAGAUUAACAAUGUCCAUUGGUGUCCCUAUCAAAGUUCUGCAUGAAGCAGAGGGUCAUAUUGUGACCUGUGAAACAAACACGGGUGAAGUGUACAGGGGAAAACUAAUUGAAGCAGAAGAUAACAUGAACUGCCAGAUGUCAAACAUUACAGUGACCUAUCGAGAUGGCAGAGUGUCCCAGCUGGAGCAGGUGUACAUUCGUGGCAGCAAAAUACGCUUUCUGAUUUUGCCUGACAUGCUGAAAAAUGCCCCCAUGUUGAAGAGCAUGAAAAACAAAAAUCAAAAUGCAGGAGCUGGAAGAGGCAAAGCUGCUAUUCUCAAAGCUCAAGUCGCAGCACGGGGUCGUGGACGAGGAGGACCGGGAGGAAGAGGAAAUAUUUUCCAGAAGAGACGAUAAUGUGAAUCCGGUUUUAUUGUGUACAGUUUAUUUUUUUCUUUAUGCUUAUGCUUUUUUGAAUAAUUGUGUGUGGGUGUGUGGCUUAUCACAUACUUUUUUCAUUUUUUUUCUAAGGAGGUAUUGGUUCACAAUUCUUAUGUAAUAAACUGGCUUGUUUACAUAUCAA